AUGGACUUCCAGAUAAUGCAGAGUCUACUAGAGGAAGCCAAAAUUCUGAUCGAUGACUUUCAAAUGACUGGGGUAGAUUCGUCGCGUCUUCAAGCUCAAGAAAAGGCUAUUCAGAUAGUACGCGCUCUGGAGAGACCUCAAGAUGCCAUUCUCAAGCUGGCUUACUCGCCGGCUAUCUUCUUGGCUGUCAAGGUAGCCCAUGAUCUGAAAGUUUUUACGCUGUUGGCACAGGCAACUUCGCCAGUACCUUUGGCUGUGUUGGCAGCUGAAAGAUCAGCCGAUCCUCUGUUGGUCGAGCGCAUAAUGAAAGUUCUCGUCGCGGAUGGGAUUGUACAAGAGUCUGCGCCUCGCAAAUACUUACCCACUUCCGUGUCCACCGAGAUGACCCAGCGAGCCUCCAUAGGGGUGAUAGAGUCAAUGUUUAUUGAGGUGCUGCCGGCACUUCAGAAAACUGCCGAAUACCUCCGAUUGACCAACUAUCGAAGCCCGGACGAUCCAACUUUCGCCCCCUUCCAGUUUACAAAUAACCUAAAUAUAGAACUUUUUGAGUGGCUAGGCCAGAAUCCAGAUGCUUUGACGCGUUUCAAUAGCUUCAUGGAGGGGCAUCGGCCUAAUUAUUUACAUUGGAGCGACUGGUUCCCCGUUCGCGAGCGGAUCUUCAACCAUCCUGAUGUGACGGCUGAGUCUCCCCUCCUGGUUGAUAUUGGAGGGGGACGAGGCCAUGACCUGAUAGCAUUUCGGAACCGGUUUCCAAAUGCCGCUGGAAAAUUAAUUUUGGAGGAUCUUCCGGCGGUGAUUGACGAGGCUCAAGGCGUACAGAAUUUGACAGCCAGAGCGAUCGAUACCGUUGCAUACGAUUUCUUCACUCAGGUGCAACCUGUCAGAGGUGCUCGAGUGUAUUACCUGAAAUCUCUUCUUCAUGACUGGUCUGACCAGAAAGCGACUGUGAUCUUGAACAACCUCAAGUCGGCUAUGAAGCCUGGAUUUUCAAAGAUAUUGGUGGAAGACUAUAUUUUGCCCGACCAAAAUGCACGAUUAUACCCAUGCAUGGUGGAUUUAAUCGUUAUGGCCCUUUGUGCCGGGCGAGAGCGAACCAGACAGGGAUGGAAUGACUUAUUCAGCUCUGUUGGCAUGAAAAUCGUGAAAUUUUGGGAACAUGGAGGUGAUGAAAUGGGGAUCAUUGAGGUAGAGUUGCCUGAUUGA